GCUCUCAGGCUAUCAUGGCGUCUCCCAGUGGGAAGGGAGCCCGGGCGCCGGAGGCUUCUGGAUGCGGGCCCCGGCCACUCGCUGGAGACUUGGUGGACUCGGUGGACGACGCGGAAGGGCUGUACGUGGCGGUCGAGCGGUGUCCGCUAUGCAACACCACCCGCCGGCGGCUGACUUGCGCCAAGUGCGUUCAGAACGGCGAUUUUGUCUACUUCGACGGCCGCGACCGUGAGAGGUUUAUAGACAAGAAGGAACGGUUAAGUCAACUUAAGAGCAAGCAAGAAGAAUUUCAAAAAGAAGUGUUAAAGGCUAUGGAAGGAAAAUGGAUAACAGAUCAGUUGAGAUGGAAAAUAAUGUCCUGCAAGAUGAGGAUUGAACAGUUAAAACAAACAAUAUGUAAAGGAAAUGAAGAAAUGAAGAAAACCUCUGAAGGCCUUCUCAAAACCAAGGAAAAGAAUCAGAAGCUUUAUACUCGAGCAGAGCGGCAUCAAGAGAAAAAAGAAAAGAUUCAGAGGCACAAUCGCAAACUUGGUGACCUAGUAGAAAAAAAAAUCAUUGACUUAAAAAGUCACUACGAACGUCUGGCGAAUCUUCGGCGAUCUCAUAUAUUAGAGCUCACCUCUGUCAUUUUUCCAAUCGAGGAAGUGAAGACCAGUGCGAGGGAUCCCGCAGAUGUGUCUUCAGAGAGUGACAGUGCCAUGACCUCCAGCACUGUGAGCAAGCUUGCUGAAGCCCGGAGGACGACCUACCACUCGGGGAGAUGGGUCUGUGACGAUCACAAUGGGGACACCAGCAUUAGCAUUACAGGGCCUUGGAUUAGCCUUCCCAACAACGGGGACUACUCUGCCUACUACAACUGGGUGGAAGAGAAGAAAACCACCCAGGGUCCUGACAUGGAGCAUAACAACCCCGCGUACACAAUCAGUGCUGCCCUGUGCUAUGCAACUCAGCUAGUCAACAUUUUGUCGCACAUACUCGAUGUAAAUCUCCCCAAAAAGCUGUGCAACAGCGAAUUUUGUGGGGAAAAUCUCAGCAGACAGAAAUUUACUCGAGCAGUAAAGAAACUGAAUGCAAAUAUUCUUUACCUCUGCUUUUCUCAGCAUGUAAAUUUAGAUCAAUUACAACCACUGCAUACCCUCAGGAAUCUAAUGUACCUGGUCAGCCCGAAUUCUGAACACCUGGGCAGGUCAGGGCCCUUCGAAGUGCGAGCAGACCUCGAGGAGUCCAUGGAAUUUGUGGAUCCUGGAGCCGCUGGAGAGUCAGAUGAGAGUGGCGAGGAUCGCGUAAGCGAUGAGGAAACCGACCUGGGCACAGACUGGGAGAACUUGCCCAGCCCCCGGUUCUGUGAUAUCCCUUCCCAGCCCGUGGAAGUCUCCCAGAGCCAGAGCACCCAGGCGUCCCCGCCCAUUGCCAGCAGCAGUGCCGGCGGGAUGAUCUCCUCCGCUGCAGCCUCGGUGACCUCCUGGUUUAAAGCGUACACUGGACACCGUUAACGAGCAUGGAUCAAAACAUGCCAGAUUUGCAUCAAGAAAGUAAACUAACUUUAUAUAUUUAGGUAAGAUCAUGCCUGGAACAAAAACAGGUUUGAAACUGUUUGUUUUCUUUUAAAGCAGGGAGACAGGCAUUUCCGUUUGUCAGAUGGCCAGCGGUGGUGACCAACAUCCGUAGGAUAACUAAAAGAACGGGGUCAAAGGCCCUCCUACCCAAACUUGUGCUGGUGGGAGAAGGCCCAGAGCAGGAAGCCAGUUUCGUUGAGGCAAAAACUCCUCUGGGCUCCCUUUGAUCACAGGCAAAAGGACCCGCAGACACAGGCUGACAUGUGGGCCCUCCGACGCUGGGACUGUUCCUGAACACUUUGCAUUUUAGAGGCUGAAUCACAAGGAAGUGAUUCUUGAUGAUUAAGACUUGAAAGAUAAAAAAAACUGUUCAAUAUGAGUUUCUUUUUCUGCGAUCAUUUUUGUACAGAGAACCAGCAAGCAAUUUGAAAUACUUGAUUUCUUUAUAAUUUGGUCAUGUUUGGUUUUUAGGUCAAGGGCUUUGGUUUUGUUUGGAAAGGUAGUGUUUCGGGGAGGGGUGGGUAGUUUUAAAAUUACUUCACUUGUGCUACUCUGUCGUAGCUCGUGAGACAUUCCUGUUUUUCUUUCUCCCCACACACCAAAGAAGCUAAGGUCUUUUCUUUAGGACCCACACCCAUGAACAGAAGUAAUUCUAGCUGCAAUAAUGUCCUAGAGAUUUUAAACCUAUUUUCUUAUAUUCUGAGGGGAAUUAAGUUCAUUCUUAACUAGAUUAUUGAAUUCCUACCAUCUACACUAUGUGCAUUUUGAAAUUGAACUAAUUUUCUGUGAGUGAAAGUCAUUAAGGUCAUUCGUUAAUGUAAGCUAAAUGCCUGCCUGGGCACAGGUUAAAAGCCACUGAAUGGACUGGCCUUAGGUAUUCUUCUGGAGUCCUAUUCCUUCCUAAGGGGUUUCGUAGGUGGCAGGUUUUUCCAGGGAAACCAUCCUGCCUGUCCGUUUCCUAGAGGUCUUUGUCGCUCUGAGGACACUGCUGUCCCUCCUCCUAGCUGAUACUGCUCUUCUCUUUCCUGGGGAAAGGUCUGUGGGAAGAAUUUUUCCUCACCAAGAGAUCAUUUUUAGCUAACGUGUCUUUGUCAUUCUCUUACUGACAAUCUUACAAGAAAACUGUAGAGAGGCAUUAUGUACAAAUAUGUAAGUUUAUUUUUAAUAACUGCAAAAAAAAAAAAAACCCUAUGUAACAACUACAAAAAGAAAUCCUAUGAAAAAUUCCUAACAGGCAUUAUUACCAUAUCUUGUUAGUGUGACUAGCAUGAUAGUACCUCAGCUAAAUCAUUUGGAGGUUUGUCCUGCCCUGGCUUCUUUUCUCAUUGUAAUUAUAGAUGAUACUUUGCCUCCAAAUCCGAGGUGCUAUAUAGCUUUUGCUGUUGGCAUAGUGUCAUAGUGUUUGGUAGCGUUGCAGCAGGGUGUUUAUUCCUAUCCAGGAGCCCCAAGUUCCCUGGCUCUGAAUUUUCCACUUUGGGAGGAAACAGGCUCUCCUCUGUUCGAACUGCUCAGCUUUAUGAUUGCGGGGAUUGCUUUGUACCAUCCAGGUCUGUAAUUCAUAGAGUGGUAGACUUGAACAAAUUACCAAAUGAACUUAAAAUCCCGUAAGAGUUAUCCAGGUACUUCCAACCCUAAAAAGAAGAGCUUAGUCUCCAGAGUUGAAAGAUGUAGACUUGGGGCUUGAGGGUAGACACUGACUUCAGCUGAAAGGAACACUAGUCAUGGUUUCUCUGAAGUAAGCCUCUUAUGGAACCAUGAACGUGAGAUGAAGCUAAAGAACAGAACCCAGAGAUCACAAACUCGUAUCUAGAGUAAUUCAACAAAACUUACAAGGAUAUGGGAAAUACGGGGAUUGAUAGGGUAUGUUUUGUUGUUGUUAUCACCUAGACGCACUUUACUUAGGGUUAAAUGAUCAAACCCUGUAGUGGUCAUGAACACCAACAUACUGGCUUACUCUGCUGAGGUAUUUUGGUUUUCAUUAUUUUGCACUGGAUCCACCCUGUAAAUAUUCUUAAGUAUACAUUUCAACCACUGUUUUUUCUACUCUCUUUGCUGCUCAUUAAAAUCUUUCAUGUAGGUGCCAGAACCGUAUGUAAACAGCUUUUUUAAAAAGUUGAAGCUGGUUUUUAUUUUUAAACAAAAGCCAUAGAACUUGGUCCUUUUUCCAUAUUAAAAUGAUUUGUUGAAACAAGGUAAUACUAAUAAAAACCCAGAGGCACCAAAUAGGCUGCUUAAAA